AUGGAGCGGAAACAGGGGUUCUUUUCGGCACUGAAGGAGGAAGUGGUGAGAGGCUUGUCGCCGUCUCGGUCCAGGGGAAGAAGCCCAUCUCCGUCGAGGUCCGGUUUGAGGCGGAGGAGGAAAGGGAGGCCGCCGGAGAUGUUUAUUUCGAGAUCGGGGAGUUUGAGGCCCGGGAUGGAGACAUUGUCUCCUCUCAGGGAGGGUCCGGAUCCGAACGGGUCGGAUGGCGGUGGUGAUGUUAGGCCUGAGAAGUGGGGACAUUGGCUCUGUCGGGCUCCUUCUGUCUCGACUUCUGCUGCUUCAGGAUCCGGGUCGGAUUACCAGAGGUCCGAUCUGCGUCUGCUGCUCGGUGUUCUGGGUGCGCCCCUUGCGCCGGUGCACGUUAGCAACAAUGACCCUUUGCCGCAUCUCAGCAUCAAAGACACUCCUAUUGAAACAUCAUCAGCUCAGUACAUAUUGCAGCAGUAUACCGCAGCAUCAGGAGGCCAGAAGUUGCAGAAUUCUAUUCAUAAUGCUUAUGCUCUGGGAAAAGUGAGGAUGCUAGCAUCAGAUAUUGAGACUGCUACAAAGGUCAUUAAGAACAGAAACUCUUCCAAAGCAGCUGAGACAGGUGGAUUUGUACUCUGGCAAAUGAAUCCAGAUCGAUGGUAUGUGGAACUUGCCCUUGGUGGCAGCAAAGUUCAUGCUGGAUGCAAUGGAAAACUAGUGUGGAGGCAUACCCCAUGGCUAGGUGCACAUGCUGCAAAAGGACCUGUUAGACCACUACGCCGAGCGCUCCAGGGACUUGAUCCAAGGACCACGGCCAGCAUGUUUGCCAAUGCAAGAUGCACUGGAGAAAAGAAUAUAAAUGGGGAGGACUGCUUUGUGCUUAAACUCUGUGCCGAUCCACAUACAUUGAAAGCAAGGAGUGAAGGACCUGCUGAAAUCAUAAGGCAUGUUCUGUUUGGCUAUUUCAGUCAGAAGACUGGGCUUCUUGUACACUUAGAGGACUCCCAUUUGACGCGCAUUCAAAGCAAUGGAGGUGAUGCUGUCUACUGGGAGACCACUAUCAACUCAUUCCUUGACGACUAUCGGCCAGUUGAAGGGAUCAUGAUCGCGCAUUCUGGGCGGUCCAUAGUGACCCUGUUCAGAUUCGGGGACACAGCAAUGAGUCACACCAAAACCCGAAUGGAAGAAGCCUGGACCAUUGAGGAAGUAGCUUUCAAUGUGCCUGGUCUCUCUGAUGAAUGUUUUAUUCCACCGGCUGAAUUAAGAUUGAGUUCUCUCAGUGAUGCAUGUGAACUUUCUCAAGGUCAGAGGGUGAGGACCACAGUGGCAGCAGCUGCAGCUGCAGCAGCAGCUUAUCGAGCUAGGGUCACUACACAGAAAUCAACUGAAAGCAAUCUUAGCAAUGUUGUUCUCAAGAUGGAUAUUUAA